CAACAGCGGGUCAGAGUUAAUGGUCACCUGAGCUCAUCAAAAUCUGUUUCCACAGGAGCCCCCAGGGCACUGUAAUCUCACCGGUCUUGUAUACAAUGUACAUGGAUGAUUGCAGGAGCACCAAUACAGGUAUGACAAACAUAAAAUAUUCUGACGAUACUGUGAUCAUGGACACUACAAACAACUCAGGACAACUACAGUCGGAGAUGGACAUUUUUGAAGGGUGGUGCAGGCGGAACUGCCUUGAUCUCAACCCUUCAAAAACGAAGGAGGUGGUUGUCGACUUCCGCAAGAACCCCACCGCCAUGCCCGCGAUGCUUCAUUGAAUCUCUAAUUACCUUUAACAUUUCAGCUUGGUACAGUUCACUAUCAAACAUUCAUCGCAAUUCACUAAACAAAAUCAUAACAUUGAACAGCAAAACAAUUGGAUUACAGCAGGAAUCACAUCACUCAUCAGUAUUUACAAUAGGAGGGUUAAGCUGAAAGAUUUGGGUAUAGCUUUAGACACUACUCACAUAUUGCACAGCCACUAUAGCCUGCUACCUUCGGGAAAAAGAUACAGAUCACUUGCAUUUAGGACUGAGAGAGCCAUAUCAAGUUUUUUACCGACAUCUAUCCGGCUCAUGAAUUCAUGAUUUUCAUGUGUGUGUUAGGCAAGCAUGUGUGUAUCCGUAUGUACGUGGCUCACUAACACUGAUUGACACUUUUAAAGUUUAUCGAGUAUUAUUUAUUUAUGCAAAUUUUAGCAUUGUUUCUUUAUCACUGUUUUUAUCAUGUGUGGUAUCGUGCUGGCAGGCUUUCUUUUGCAAAAAAUGAUAUUGAAAUGUUGAUUGUUUGUUUCUCUUGACUGUUUGUGUUUUAUGUCGUAUUGUUUGGUACAUGAACAGCACACGUUGAUGCUCUGCACAAAUGAAGUUCCUAACGGAUAAAUAAAGUUCUUAAGUAAGUAAGCAUCUUAAAUGUCCACUGGAGGGCGGUGUUGACUUUGUUCACCAUCAUCAAGACGGCUGUAUUUUAUACAGUAUAGUAGGCUUCAGCUAAUUGAAAUACAUUGAAAAUUAAUUUAAAAAAAACAGCAACGAAAAAAGGAAAAAAGAGCAAAGCCAGAACGCCAUACUAUAAUUAGCUAUUUCAUUUACAGCAGUCCCUCAUUUAUAUCGUUUUUUUGGUUCCCAACAUGACGGCGAUAUAGAAUUUAAUGUUAAUAAAUGAAAUAUUUUUGUAUUUACAGCACUGAAAACCUUUUUGUGACUUUCUAAAUACGGGUUUUAACAUUUUAGAGCCCUGUUGACAUGAAAUAUCAUUUAUAGUCACAUUUACAGUCCCAUUAUUAUUUGUUUACACCAUAUUGCGCAGCUGAAGGGACUCGAGACGGCUGCAAGCUAGCAAGCUAGUGAGCUAAGAAGCGAACAAGGUAACAUAAUGGCACAGAUCAGUUUUAUUCUGAACAUGUGCACUCACCACGCCAGUCCAGACAAAUCACGCCUACUUUAUGAGUUCUAGUCCACCUGAGUCGUUCAUAUCUACUGUUGUUUUACUGCCCGUCCAGUGCUAACUAUCAAGGUCCAAAGAUUGUUUCAUUGCUUACUCAAGUGCACAGCAAGGAGGCCCACGAGGACCCCAGCUCACGUCCCUGAAGCCAAAACCUUGACUUGCAGGCUCUGAUCCCACCGACUCCUCCAUCCUUUGUAUAUUUGGUCCAGCAGGAAGAGUUAAAGUGCAAAAUCCUGAUCCCGAGGUGUGUCCUGGAGGCCUCCUACCGGUCGUUCGGACAUGUACUGAACACCUCCCCAGAGAGGCAACCUGAAUGAAGGAAGAUGGGGUCAGCAGUGUCCUGUUUUGGUCGUCUGUGUGGGCGGCAGAAAAAGAAAGAGGAGGAGAGACACUUGCAGGCCAAUGACAGACAUGUCAACCUGUCUCACCGAUACGCUAACAACGCCAUCAAGACGUCCAAAUACAACAUCUUCACCUUCCUGCCGCUGAACCUCUUUGAGCAGUUUAGGAGGCUCGCCAACUGCUUCUUUCUCUUUCUCUUUACACUCCAGCUCAUCCCACAGAUCUCCUCGCUUGCCUGGUUCACCACCGCAGCCCUUCUCAUUGUGGUGCUCUCUAUAACAGCGGUCAAAGACGCCUCCGAUGAUAUAAACAGACACAAAAGUGAUAAAGAAGUGAACAACCGGGAAGUGAGCGUCCUCAUCAACGGCGAACUUCAAAGUGAAAAGUGGAUGAAUGUUGAAGUUGGAGAUAUCGUUAAACUAGAAAAUAACCAGUUUGUCACAGCAGACCUUCUUUUGCUCUCCAGCAGCGAGCCUCUCAAUCUGGUCUAUGUUGAAACAGCAGAACUAGACGGCGAAACCAAUCUGAAAGUGAAACAGGCUCUUACCGUCACUGGAGAGCUAGGAGGCAGUACUGAAGCACUGGCCGGCUUCAAUGGUGAAGUAAGAUGUGAAGCCCCCAACAACCGUCUGGACAGACUGAAAGGGACGCUAACAGUGAAUGGACAAAUGUACUCUUUGGACAAUGACAAAGUGCUCCUACGAGGAUGCACUCUGAGAAACACAGAGUGGUGCUUUGGACUGGUUAUCUUUGCAGGUCCUGACACCAAGCUGAUGCAAAACAGCGGGAAGACGACAUUCAAACGGACCAACAUCGAUCACCUCAUGAAUGUCUUGGUGCUUUGUAUCUUUGUCUUCCUGCUGUUCAUGUGCUCCAUCCUGGCCGUUGGUCACGCAAUCUGGGAGACGAAGGAGGGUUCAGCGUUCACCGUGUUCCUCCCGGGAGAACCCGGCGUCAAGGCGCCUCUCUCGUCAUUCCUAACCUUCUGGUCCUACGUCAUUCUUCUCAAUACAGUCGUGCCUAUGUCUCUCUUUGUCAGCGUGGAGGUCAUCCGUCUUGGGAAUAGUUUCUACAUCGACUGGGACAGGAAGAUGUAUUACCCCAAGUGUGACACUCCCGCUCAGGCGAGGACCACCACUCUGAACGAGGAGCUUGGUCAGAUCAAAUACAUCUUCAGUGACAAGACGGGCACCCUGACACAGAAUAUCAUGACCUUCAAUAAGUGCUCCAUCAACGGCAAAAAUUACGGGAACUUUUCUGGACAGAAGAUGGAAGAGUUUCCUUUCUGGAGAAAGGUUGAUUUCUCGUGGAACCAGCUGGCCGACCCAUUGUUCAUUUUUCAUGACCACAGUCUGGUAGAAACGAUCAAGGAGGGCAACAUGGAGGCUCAGGCCUUCUUCCGUUUGCUAGCAUUGUGCCACACCGUGAUGCCUGAAGAAAAGAAAGAAGGGGAGCUGUACUAUCAGGCUCAGUCUCCUGAUGAAGGUGCUCUAGUCACCGCCGCAAGAAACUUUGGAUUCGUGUUCUGCUCACGCACACCAGAGACCAUCACGGUCAUAGAGAUGGGCGCAAGGGUCACCUACGACCUUUUAGCUGUGCUGGACUUCAAUAAUGAGCGCAAGAGGAUGUCAGUCAUAGUACGUAACCCUGAGGGGAAGCUGACUCUGUACUGCAAAGGAGCAGACACCAUCAUCUUCGAGAGGCUGCAGCCCUCCUGUAACAAACUGAUGGGAACCACCUCAGAACAUCUCAAUGAGUAUGCAGGCGACGGGCUUCGCACAUUAGUUCUGGCUUACAAGGAUUUGGACGAGUGUUACGUGAAGGAGUGGAUGCAGCGCCACCAGGAGGCCAGCAUUGCCAUCGACGGGAGAGAGGAGAAACUUGAUCAACUCUAUGAUGAGAUUGAAAAAGACUUGUUGCUCCUGGGAGCAACGGCUGUAGAAGACAAGUUGCAGGAUGGUGUCCCACAGACCAUAGAGCAGCUGGCGAAGGCCGGCAUCAAAAUAUGGGUGUUGACCGGAGAUAAACAAGAGACAGCUGAGAAUAUCGGCUAUUCCUGCAACAUGCUGCGAGAAGAGAUGAGGGACGUGUUUGUUGUGUCUGCAAAUACAGCAGAAGAUGUCAAAGAAGAGCUCCGGAGUGCAAGAAAGAAAAUGUGUCCCACAGCUGCAGAGGAACCAACUGUAACCAAAGCUCGUGCAGGCCUCUUCUGGCAUCAGAAGACAGAAACUGUGCAUGAUGACAAAGUGGAGGGAGAAUAUGCUCUUGUUAUAAAUGGACACAGUCUGGCCUUUGCCUUGGAGAAAGGCUUGGAGUUGGAACUAUUGAGGACAGCAUGCAUGUGCCAAACAGUGAUUUGCUGCAGGGUCACCCCACUACAGAAAGCCCAAGUUGUUGAACUGGUGAAGAAAUACAAGCAGGCAGUCACUUUGGCCAUCGGGGAUGGGGCCAACGACGUCAGCAUGAUCAAGGCUGCACAUAUUGGUGUUGGUAUCAGCGGUCAGGAGGGCAUGCAGGCUGUUCUGUCCAGCGAUUACUCCUUUGCCCAGUUCCGCUACCUGCAGCGCCUCCUGCUGGUGCACGGGCGCUGGUCCUAUCUGCGCAUGUGCAAGUUUCUACAGUAUUUCUUUUACAAGAACUUUACCUUCACCUUUGUGCAUGUCUGGUACGCCUUCUUCUGCGGGUUCUCAGCACAGACUGUGUAUGACCAGUGGUUUGUCAGCAUGUACAACGUACUCUACACAGUUCUCCCAGUCGUUGGCAUGAGUCUCUUUGACCAGGAUGUGAAUGACCACUGGAGUUUCCGUUACCCUCAGCUUUACUCACCGGGGCCUUUGAACGUUUACUUCAAUAAGACGUCUUUCGUCCGCUGCGUGAUGCACAGCUGCUACAGCUCCCUCGUCGUCUUUUUUAUCCCGUGGGCGGCCAUGCACGACACGGUGCGGGAUGACGGCAAAGACAUUGCGGAUUAUCAGUCCUUUGCUUUAUUGGUGCAGACGUGUCUCCUUAUUGUGGUCAACAUCCAGCUUUGUCUCGACACCUAUUACUGGACAGCCGUGAACCAGUUCUUUAUGUGGGGCAGCCUGGCACUCUACUUCGCCACCACGUUCGCCAUGCACAGCAACGACAUGUUCUUCAUCUUUGCCUCCGUAUUUCCUUUCAUUGGUACAGCUCGGAGCUCCCUCAACCAGCCUAACGUGUGGCUGACGAUGUUCUUGACGUGCCUCCUUUGUGGUUUGCCGGUGAUGGCUUUCCGUUUCAUGAUCAUUCAGCUUAAACCCACCAUCAAUGACAAGGUGAGACAUAAGGUACGUACGGAGACAUUGCCUCCUCCUGAUCCUCGCCAUCCACCACCAAGGCGCACCAGCACUCGUCGGUCCAGCUACGCCUUCUCUCACACCGAGGGCUACGGCAAUCUGAUCACAUCCCGUAGAUUCCUGCUGAAACUCCCCUUAAAGAGUUGGCCUACCCUGUUCAAUAAGACCAGUUCUCCUCUGGUGCAGAACCAGCCACAGCUCUACCGUAUGGUGCCAGAGGAGUUCAGGUGAAAGGGUAAUCUUGAUAUCUCACAAUCCAUUAUAAGACUCUCCCACAGUGCAAAAUGUUAAUGAGUUGUAGUCACACUGGCCACUCUGUGUCACUAGUAACAUGCAUCAGAUUUAACAAUACUAACACAAUAAUAGUAAUAAUAAUGGUCAUCAUCAUAUUAACACUGUUUAGGCCCUCCUCCAGCUAUACUCUUCCUGUCCAUGUGUCUGGAAAAUGUAUAUUGAAACACACAGAAGUCUUAUUUACGUCGGAAAUCUACCAUAUAUGGUGAUAUAGUUGUAAAGGUAACUAUAGGGGUGUUAUUUCAUGGCUAGAGGGCUCUAAUAAUGAUAAAAGUGGUAUUUUAUGCUCUAACUAUGAAAAAGGGCUACAUGAGGCUACACUCCUCUGCACUCUAUGUCUGUAUGUUACUGGCCCUGCCUCCCCCCACCAAGACAAAGAGACUCUUGGACUGAUAAAAGGGCUCACUCCGUUCAUCCCGUUGUUCUAUGGACCAAAUGCAUCAAGGUACUGAAAUCGAGUGAACUUCCUGCUAGUUUGGAGGUGGGAAACAAAGAAAGACACACAUGCACAUGGCAAUAUUUUGAGGCUGACAAUGAGAUUGAGUUUGUGUGAUUAAUUAAUUCAUUUGUCAUCCCAGGCCAAGACUCA